AGACAAAUCAGCAAGUUGAUUUGCAAUUUGAAAUUCAAUUCGAGCCUGCAAAGAGGGAAGAGGAAAACACGAAGAAGCAGAAGGAAAAGAUGGAAGGAGCGCCUCGCCACGCCCACGGAGGUACAGAGUGCCUCGCCACGCCCACGGAGGUACAGAGUGCCUCGCCACACCCACGGAGGUACAGAGUGCCUCGCCACGCCCACGGAGGUACAGAGCGCCUCGCCACGCAUACGGAGGUACAGAGCGCCUCGCCACGCCCACGGAGGUACAGAGUGCCUCGCCACGCCCACGGAGGUACAGAGCGCCUCGCCACGCCCACGGAGGUACAGAGUGCCUCGCCACGCAUACGGAGGUACAGAGCGCCUCGCCACGCCCACGGAGGUACAGAGCGCCUCGCCACGCAUACGGAGGUACAGAGCGCCUCGCCACGCAUACGGAGGUACAGAGCGCCUCGCCACGCAUACGGAGGUACAGAGCGCCUCGCCACGCCCACGGAGUACAGAGUGUCUCGCCACGCCCACGGAGGUACAGAGCGCCUCGCCACGCCCACGGAGGUACAGAGCGCCUCGCCACGCCCACGGAGGUACAGAGCGCCUCGCCACGCCCACGGAGGUACAGAGCGCCUCGCCACGCCCACGGAGGUACAGAGCGCCUCGCCACGCCCACGGAAGUACAGAGUGUCUCGCCACGCCCACGGAGGUACAGAGCGCCUCGCCACGCCCACGGAGGUACAGAGUGCCUCGCCACGCCCACGGAGGUACAGAGCGCCUCGCCACGCCCACGGAGGUACAGAGUGCCUCGCCACGCCCACGGAGGUACAGAGCGCCUCGCCACGCCCACGGAGGUACAGAGUGCCUCGCCACGCCCACGGAGGUACAGAGCGCCUAGCCACGCCCACGGAGGUACAGAGCGCCUCGCCACGCCCACGGAGGUACAGAGCGCCUCGCCACGCCCACAGAGGUGCACAAUGCCGCCCACACAGCAACACAUCAUCACGUACAGAGCCACAUGUGUCUGCCAAAUGGACCAACUUCCUGAGUUCCGGCCACA